UAUUGGGUUAUUAUCAGUCCUAUAGAAAUUUAUCAUCAGAAUUUAGGCAAUCGCGAUUAGUUCGUGUCUUAAGACCAAAAUGAAUUACAUUAAUUUUAUAUUUAUUUUAACAAUUUUAACAUUUGCUUGUGCUGUGAAAGUUUCUUACAAUGGGUAUAAGUUGUAUAAAAUAUCACCCAGAGAUGAAAGUGAAAUGAAAAUAUUAGCUAAGCUACAAGAGGCUAGGAUUGGUGAGUUUUGGGAAGAUGGCUUCAGAGUAGAUAGAGAUUCGAAGGUCAUGGUAUCACCACAGAAGCAUGAGGAGUUCAUUAAGUUCCUGAAGACUGAAAAUAUUGAAGCAACACUGCUACUUGAUGAUGUACAGAGAACAAUUGACAAGCAACGUAAUCCAGACGCUAUAAACGCUUCCUCCAGCUAUCUGUCAUACGACUGGACAAGUUACCAUGAUCUCGACACUCUCUACAAUUGGCUUGAUGAGUUAGAAGAACAUCAUCCUAAUAUAGUUAGAACAGUAGUCAUGGGUAAAUCUGUUGAAGGCAGAGAUAUAAAAGGUAUCGUCAUAAACUAUAAUAAUGGCGAUGACGAAGAAAAUUCACACCCACUCAUUGGAAUGUUAGAAGGUACCUUGCAUUCCCGUGAAUGGAUAUCUGUGGCUACCGUUACUUGGAUUAUUAAAGAAUUUUUGACGAGCGAAGACCCUGAGAUUAGGUAUUUGGCGGAAAGUUUUGAAUGGCACAUCUUCCCUGUUGUGAAUCCAGACGGAUAUGUUUAUACUUUUACUGAUAACCGUAUGUGGAGGAAAAAUCGCAGUCCAGAAAAUGUGAAGACCUGUGCAGAAGGAGUGGAUGAUGAUAUGAGUCAUGGUGUGGAUCUCAAUAGGAACUUCGACGUUGAAUGGAUGGUUAUAGGAGCUUCAAACGACUCGUGCACUAAUACCUAUGCUGGUCCUCUUCCUUUCUCCGAACCUGAAUCAAGGGCUAUCGCUGGAUACGUGCGUCGUCUCGAUCAACUAGGCAGAAUUAUAUACUACAUUGCCUUCCAUUCGUACACUCAACUGAUUCUAGUUCCGUACAGUCAUGUAUACAUUGAAGAUGCUUGGCAAUCUAGGAACUACGCUGAUAUGUAUGAAAUUGCCAUCAAAAGUGCCGAUGCUGUGGCGAAACGCUAUGGAACACAAUACAGAGUUGGAUUAUCUGCUAAUGUUAUGUACCCCAUGAGUGGGGGUUCUUUUGACUGGGUGAAGCAUGAAGUCAACGUUCCUAUAUCAUACCUUAUAGAGCUUCGUGACCUUGGAGAGUACGGGUUCCUUCUACCAGCAGAACAAAUCAUUCCCACUGCUUUGGAAACAAUGGAUGGUCUUGUCGAAAUGGACAAGAAUACCAAAGCUCUGGGCUAUUAUUAAACCUAGCUUUAGUAAAAUAUAUAAUUUGACAUCAAAUUAAAAAAACAGUAUUGAAGUUGUAUACAAUUGUGGUCG